GAAAAUUUUCUAAAAAUUCCGAUUAAAAAGUUUUGUCCAUGACAUUAUAUCCGAAUAAUUAAAAUAGAUAAAUAUUAAAACUAUUAAAGUUAUCUCUUUAUCUUAAUAGAUUGUGGAACGGAGUGACAUGUUGGCCCAAAACCAACUUAUUAGGGAAUGUAAAGUGAUGCUGAAAAAGGUUCAGCAGUCGGUUUGUUAUAUGACCGGAGAAACUGAGGACGAAAACAUUCGCGAAAUUUCUUCUCUACUCCAUCUCAAUUCUAAGGAAACUUCGAUUCAAAUGGAAGCAAAAAUUAGUAACGCCGAAUAUAGACAGGCACUGUCAACCUAUAUUUAUAAAUUGAAGGGGCCGUCGGGAUGCCUAAACGACGUGAUUCGUAAGUUGUUUACGGAUGAGUUUUUGCAACACUACAAUUGGGACGGGCGAUGGGAGAGGGAAUCGUUAGCGCAAAUGAAAUUAGUUGACGAAAUUUUAUUUG